UCGAGCGCUAUAGCAGAAGAGAGCGCGAGAGCACUGCGGAGCCACGCGCACAUUUGAGAAAAAGAACUGCGACGGGCGCCAGUAUAUGCCUUGUCCUUAUCGGACAGCGGGCAUUAAUUAGAGAUAACAAAAACAAUAAAAGGUUAAAAAAUAUUUGGAAACGACUGCUGUAUCAAUUCGAACAGCCUAGAUAAAAUACAGAAGACGAGGAGAGGCAGUGUAUAUUUACAUCGGAUGCUCUUGUACAUAUAUAGACGCGUGAAUCGCUGCGUACUACUACUUUAUACGGUGAUGCCUCAGUAGAGCCCUAGUUUCCUUCAGCUCCCUCUGGUCACAGAGCCCAGCCCUGCAACAAUAUCCCCCUGCUUGAUCCAAAAUGGCUGCCACCAAAAGCGGUUAUGAGGGCAAGAUAGCCGGCCUAUAUGACCUGGACCGCACACUGGGCAAAGGUCAUUUCGCUGUGGUCAAACUAGCCCGUCACGUAUUCACAGGCCAACUAGUUGCAGUUAAAGUCAUCGACAAGACCAAGCUUGAUGCCUUAGCAACCGGCCACCUGCUCCAAGAAGUCAGAUGCAUGAAGCUAGUCCAGCACCCCAACGUUGUGCGACUGUAUGAGGUCAUUGAUACACAAACCAAGCUCUACCUCAUCCUGGAGCUGGGCGAUGGAGGUGACAUGUACGAUUACAUCUUGCGUCACGAAGGUGGUGUGGCCGAAGACACAGCGAAAGUGCACUUUGCACAGAUCGUACGCGCAAUAGCCUACUGCCAUCGUCUGCAUGUUGUGCACCGGGAUUUGAAGCCAGAGAAUGUUGUUUUCUUCAGGCAACAGGGGACGGUGAAACUAACCGAUUUCGGGUUCAGUAACCAUUUUCAACCCGGCACAAUGUUAAUGACGAGCUGUGGUUCGCUAGCUUACUCUGCCCCAGAAAUACUUCUAGGCGAAGAGUAUGACGCUCCUGCAGUAGAUAUCUGGUCACUGGGUGUGAUCCUCUAUAUGCUGGUCUGUGGACACCCACCCUUUCAAGAGGCCAAUGACAGUGAGACCCUUAUCAUGAUCAUGGACUGUUGUUACACUGUACCUGACCACAUCUCUCCAGAAUGCAAAGAUUUGAUUUCACAUAUGCUGCAAAGGGACCCUGCUAAGCGGGCAUCUCUCACUGAGAUAGAGGGCCACCCUUGGCUGCAGGGUAUCGACCCCUCGCCCACCGGGUAUACAGCCGCCCCGCUCACCUCCCACCGCAGUUUGUUGCCUGAAGAGCAUGAGUUCAUAAUGCAGGCCAUGACCAGUGGCAACAUUGCAGAUCGAGAUGUCAUACAGGAAGCACUGGAGGCAGACAGAUAUAACCACAUCACAGCCACGUACUACUUGCUGGGAGAGCGACUCCUCCGAGAAAAACAGGAGCAGACCAGUAUCACUCCUGAACAAAGACAUGCACAGAGGCCCAUGUCAGAACCACUGGACUUGGUGAGCCAAGCACCCCGGGCUGAUACACUAAGAGGAACCCCUUUGGGUCCAUUAGCACCCCUUAGUGCUCUUUCCUCUGGCUAUGUCCGAAGGGGUGUGAGCGAAUCUGGGGACCUGCUGGCCCCCAAAACCAGCCGUCAUGAUAACUCCUUCAGUGACUUUUGUAGCACGGCUCCUUGCUUGAAUCUCAACUUGCGCCCUCUACCUCCAGAUCAACCUACUGUGAAGAGCCUUGGAGCCUUACAGCAGAUCUGUGAGGAAGAAGAGGAUGAGGAGGAUGAGAAGGAGCAGAACAGGGACGAGAAGAAGCUAAAGGUGUUACCCAGUAUGCCAGGUCCACUUCCUUCAACAGAUCUCUCUUUAAAACCUUCAAGAACAUCUUUGCAAUCAGAGACUCAUAGGAGAACAGUGAGGCCAAAAAGUAAGGUGACAGGAAACUGUGAAACUUUGGCUGAGGAGGAGGAACUUGAGGAAGAGGCAGAGGGCACAGAAAAGCAGGUGGAUUCAGAGUCUAACUUCACUGCUGUCACUGUAGAACAUCAAGGGGUGAAGCCUCCAAAGAUCCAUGUAGAAGAGAUCAACCACACUGAGCUGCCAGGUAGAACAAAGGACAAGACCCCAAAGACUGAAGUCCAUUUGGAAGAGAUUAACCACAGUGAGCUACCAGGUAAAACAAGGGACAAGACCCCAAAGACUGAAGCCCAUUUGGAAGAGAUCAACCACACUGAGCAAUCAGGUAGAACAAAUGACAAGACCCCAAAGACUGAAGCCCAUUUGAAAGAGAUCAAUCACACUGAGCAACCAGGUAGAACAAGGGAGAAGAGUGUUUUCACCCACCCGAGCAUGUCUUUAGAUGAGCAUGAUGGACAAAAGAAUCAAGAUCUAAAUAUAGAUGUACCUCCUCCAGCUCCUAGACUGGAUGUUGUACAGUGCUGCUGGGGACAGCGGGAACCUUCAAAGGACACAGUAGAAAACAACAAUAACACCCUAGCCAAAUCCAGGCUUCUUGAGGUUGGGGUAGUGUCCACUCCAUGCAGUUCCCCCAGGUCCCUACCUAGGAAUCACUGUGUGGACCUGGGUCCAGAUGGGGUGGAGAUGCGCAAGACUGGGGGCGAAGUUGAGAAACCAGAGGAAGCCCAGCCCAAACCCCAGAAAGGUUUUCACAGCCCGAGGGACACAACCACUGACACUGCUAUCCGAGCUGACUCCAGCAAGGUCAAGAACGUGAACUUGCGAGAACGUCUACUGCAGUUCCCACUCUGUGAGAAAGCCUUGUCCUUUAACAUCCAGCCCACUUCUAAAGAGAAGCUCCUUCCCUUUGCACAGUAUAAUUGCUGCCAUGUGCUGUAGAGAGGGAUGCAGAGAAGAAAGAAUGCACUGGCAUUACUGGCAGUGUGACUUUGUUGGUGUGAACCCCAAUGAAAGCCCUCUACAACUGUCCAAAGUUGUAUAGACACGAAAAGACAAAGAGUGUGAUCUCACCUUAUACUGUAACCUCAGAGGUGUUUUGGUCACACAAUGUACUCAUUAUACAUCUCUAUUUUCUUUCCUUAUCCAGCAUUCCUUGCUGCUUUCCUGUAAGACAGUUAACCUCUUAAGGUCAAAGUAUACUUCGGUUUUCUGCAUGCAGCUACAUCUUGAACAGUGUGUGGGAAGCAAAUUUUGUCAUUAGAAGUGAAUGCGCGUACUUUCCACGUGCAGACCAGUUUUUUAGGCAAGCAGACAUUCCACGGCUAUGCGCGUCAUCUGCACAUGCGCCUAGCAUUUAUUGGACUAAAGAGUAUAACAAAGCAGUCGUAGUGUGCAUGUGGCGAAUUUGUCCAUAUGGGCUUGUGGUCAAAAGAGUAUACUUUGCAAGGCUAGAGCGUUCAACCAUGUGCAAGAUGUAACGGCAUACGGAAAAAUGAAGUGUAACCUAGCCCUUAGUAAUGCCGUGUAUAUGAACACCUGUAUCUACUGACACUGCUUAUGAUAUUCUGUGCUAUCUCAGAGACUUUUCUUAGAACUAGAGUAUGUCUUACCAGCAUAGGAGCUUUAAUUCAAUAGCUUGUCAUUUUGCACUGUAAUUGCUUCAACAAUUUCAAGCACCACCCAGUUUUUAAAAGUGACGAUGCAUCAUCAAACAUGGGGGUUCGAUGACCACGCUUCACAGUGAAACCGAACAAGCCAGAUUUGGCUGCAACAAGAGCAGAUUGCAAACAAUCAAAACAGAGGACAUUUAGACUCAGCUCAAGUAGGAGGACAUAGCCUUCCUGUUGUUAACAAUUAUAGAAUCAGUUUUAACUUGUUCAUUUGCUUUGUUUACUUAUUCAGGGUGACUGUGAAGCAAGUUUCUUCUUGGUACUCGCACAAUUUUUGAGAAGUUGCAUGUCCGUAUGACUGUUGUAAUUGUUCAUGCACUUUGGCCUUGUGUGGAUGUGUUUGUUAGCUAACAUCUUUACCCCCAGGCUGUGGCGCAGAAAGCAGAUCAGUUGGCCACAUUGAUACAGUGAACAGUGACAGUUUGAGAGCAUGGUUUUGAGUGCAUGCAAAAUCAGAACAGCUUAGCUUAGCAUCCACAUUCCGUUAGCUGGGGGUUGAAUAGGGUAAGAUGUUACGUAUAUCUGUGAUAUAUUUUUUCAACAAAAAAUAAAUAAAUAAAAAAGAGGCUUGAACAGCCUCUUUUGGGAGAGAUUUUUAAUGAAAAGGACAUCUUAUUACACGACAACAGAAGCCUGGUCUUCCUGGAGCUAUAUUUUGGAGUUUGUUUUAAAACUGCUAAUUCUUGGAAAUAGUUUGAAGCUUUUAUCAAGUAUUAGAGUGUUAUUAAGGGUUUGUUGGAAACAUGGCGACAAAGACAUCAUAUAAUUUUUUUUUUUUUCACAUGAGAUAUGUAAGAGGGAUUAUUUACAUAACAUUUGAACAUCUAUUUUUGUUUAAUCAUUUGUCUCUGAGUGCACAUAUAACAUAUGUUGUAACAGGAUAAGCCCUUAUCCAGACAUGUACAUUGUUGUAUAUAUUUCUUUGAGUAUAUUGCGUAUGCUAUUGGUAUGACAUUGUAUUUUGACCUUCACUUAGCAUAUAUGCUAACCAACCAUUUCAACCCCUCCAUUUUAAGUAUUAUCAAAAUGAAGGGAGUGACUUAUGACACCAUUGUCAUAAAAGAGAAAUAUGUUAAAGUCUAUGUAUAAUUUUUGUCAUAGCUUUUGUAAAUACUAUUGAGGAGCCAUAUGUUAACUUGACGCUAUAUAGCAUAGGUGAGCCUAGCUUAAAACUUACAUUAUGAAAAUCCAGCCUUUGUAUGUUGCUACGGCAUGACUGAAGCUAAUGGUUACCAUUUUUGUUUACCUUUAAACAGCCUAAACUCUUCACAUAAACAUUUAGAUAGCAAACACGACUGGGGUUACUGUUAAUUUGGUACUCCAAAAGAUGUCAAAGCUAUAUCACUAUAUAUACUGUAUAUGUAGUGCACCUUUCACCCAUUGAUUUCUCAUCAUCAGCUUGUGAAUUCGUUUGAUGUCACAGAGUUAAUGUAUGUGCAGAUGUCUUGCACUUUUUUGUGUUCAAUAUCUCAGACCAGAGAUAAGCUUGACCAAAAGCACAAAAACAGAUUUAAUGAAAUGUACAAGGUGCUUUGAGGAGAAAUAGGGCCUAUGUGGACAAAUUUCAUAUAAAGUUUUCUGGUUACAGAUAAAUUAGAAUUUUGUCACUAGUACACACCAGUUAUAAUAUGGAAAUGGAUCAUAAUUACGAUAUUGGCCUGUAGUCACAGACGCUGAGGAUCUAGGAUCAGGUUUUUCCAUUCCCAUACUGAUCACAUUUAACAGACAGUACUAAUCUAGUAGAUAAUUAGUGAGCCCUAUGGACCAAUCAGAGGGCAGAGUACAGAUUAACAUGCACUGUAUUUUCAUAUUCUUUUUUUAUUUUAUUUUUUUAAACGUAUUGAUUUUGUUUAUCAUUUUACAUGAGUCUCCAUCCUUUCCAAGCAGCUGUAAUCAUUUCAUGGCAAUUUGGGUUUGUCUGUAGUCCCAGUUUCCCUUACUAAAACUAUGACUGUGUCUAGAUAAGAUUAAUUUAUUUUUAUAUUUAUUUAUUAAAACUGAUUAAACUGUCA